CAUUGAUACUCUUAAAUGAGAGCUGUGUUGUGUGUCUACAAUGGCGAGACCAUGGGUGCUGGUCGUCCUUCUCCUGUUAAUUGUAUUCACAUCGCAGUUCGAGUGGAAGCAGCAAUUGGGGAACGAAAUCGAGGCGAGCCCCAACAAUUCGCUCAAAGAUCACUACGCUUCGCAACACCAAGAAUCUGUAAAAGAAAAGGAUGAGUGUCUGUUAAAGUCGACGAGUUUGAGGACUAGGUUGCUUUGAACUGACUGAAAGGUUAAUUGGGGGGUAAACUGUUAUUUAGGAGAGGCUUUCAAGAUUUGGGUUUUUGUGCAAAUUUUUCUCCUUUUCUUCAUUUCUUUAAUGGGUUGCUGCUGGCUCGAUCCAAUGCUGCAUGGUCUCUCAGGGAAAAUACAUUGUUCUAGUCUGUAAUACUAGUUUUACCAAAGCUCCAGACUUGUGUCAUUGUUUUCUAGCUCAAGGAAUUCUGAGAUGAAAUUUCUGCUACUGCUAUGUUGUUGAGUACUGAGAAGAGCUAUGUUGUUUAGAUGAUGUUUACUUCUGCACUGCCACAGGACCUGAUAUGUUUAUGCUUAAGAAAUUCAAAAUUAGAUA